UAGCAGAGAGGAGGGGAGCAGUACCCCAGCCAUGUGGAGCAGACAGCCCUUCCCCGCACUACACACACAGCCUCUCAAACGUGAGCCUCACAGACACGCAUCCCAGAGCUCCUGCUCAUUCUGUAAACGUCAUUCAGUGUGUACACACGCCCCGCCCCAUUGGCUGCGCUGCCCGGGCUUCCUUGCCCUGUCAUUGGCGAAGGACCUUUACGUCGAAACCCUCCUGUGGACUCUGAUUGGCUCCGGCGCGCCCACUCUUGCAGCUGCGCAAGCCUGCCCCCUUCCUCCUCAUCGCUCUGUGACAGUCACCGGCCAUUCUGGGGGGCAGCGGAGGAGGAGGAGCUGCGUCACCGGCUGCAGAGUGACAGGGCGCAUGGGAACGGGGCUCCUUAUCGCUUCACCGUGGGAAGCCUAAACCUCUUCCCAUUUGGGGGGCUGUGCCCAGAGGGAGGUUAAUCCCUGUAUGUGCACUGACAUGUCCUCCAAUCACCCCAGAGUGAAACGCAGUUCCAGUUCCCCUACCAAUGGGCCCCCGGUGGCAGGUGGAGCGGGCAGCCGACUCCUUCAGCCCAUUCGGGCUACAGUUCCCUUUCAGCUAUUGCACAGCCCCAGCCGGUCCCCUUCCGCCUCAGUUGGGAGUAACACGGAGCCGGCCUCCCCUAGCCCCUCAAACGGCACCCCGCCGCCCCCACUCCUUCCCCAGCAUCACAACUCGGGCAGCGAAGCGUCCGAAGCCAGAGUCCGCAGGAGGAGAAGCACUUCCCCGGACAGGAGGAGCGCAGGGUCCCCCGGAGGCAGAGCUGAGAGGUCAAAUUCGCUCCACUUAAGAACAUCUAAUACAAUAAGGAGAACUUCUUCCUUGGAUACCAUAACUGGACAGUACCUUACCGGACAUUGGCCCAGAGACCCUCAUGUGCACUACUCAUCAUGUAUGAAUGAUAAAUCUACACAGACACCGAACUGUUGGGGGGAAGAAGGUGCAACAAAGAAAAGUAAUCAUCAGCGCUCGGCCUCUUGGAGCAGUGCAGACCAACUCAAAGAGAUUGCCAAGCUAAGGCAACAACUCCAACGCACCAAGAACAGCAGUCGUCUCAUCAAAGAGAAGGACAAUCAGCUGCCUGUGCAAGGGAAUCAUGUCGCUGUCACUCACACUCAGGGUUCGGCAUCCAGAUCUAUUCCUGUGCCCACAACAAAUAUCUCGGUGCCAAAAUCCGUGGGGUCCAGAGCUGCGUGUAAUGUUGAAGGGAUAAGCCCAGAACUUGAAAAAGUCUUUAUCAAGGAAACUAGUGAGAAAGAUGAAAGUGUGAAGCCUGUAGAAAUUCCUGAUGGGAGAAGAGCACCAGUACCUUCCACCUGUCGGAGUAGCAGCACCCGCAGCAUUGACACACAGACUCCCUCAGUUCAUGAACGAAGCAGCAGCUGCAGCAGCAAUCAUUCCCCUUGUGCUUCUCCAUCUUGCCCUCAUGAGUCACAGGAAGGAAGUCCAUGCUCAGCGGAUGAUCUGCUAUUUGACCGAGAUAAAGACAGCGGGAGUAGCUCACCGCUACCCAAGUAUGCCUCCUCUCCCAAACCAAACAACAGCUACAUGUUCAAACGAGAGCCCCCAGAGGGAUGUGAGCGAGUGAAGGUCUUUGAGGAACUGUCGACUCGCCCACCAGUCUCUUCCGCUCUCUUUUCAUGCCCUGACAAAAACAAGGUUAAUUUCAUCCCCACUGGAUCAGCCUUCUGCCCAGUGAAACUGUUGGGGCCUUUACUGCCUGCUUCAGAUCUGACUCUCAAGAACUCCCCAAAUCCUCCUUCAGGUUCUGCAGUGAGCCCCAUGACUGUUGAGCACCUUUCAUCUCAGGUCUCCUCUUCAUCCCUGUCCGAAAGUGCCCCCAGCGCAGCUGGCAACGAUGGAGACAAUGACCAUUCCUCAUCCCAAGAUCAGCCGUUUGGGGCGGAACUUCUGACUGACGAUCAGUUGGCAGCACCCUCACAACCUAAUCACAACCAUGUUUUCAUGUAACCGCCAGCAGAGCAGGACUCUGUUGCUACAAGUUGACUUGAAUCCACAUCACCAACUUCUGCAUGUUGAUUGGUAAAUCUUUCUGAUCAGUUAAUAAAAAAAAUGUACUGCUUAGCGUGAAUUAUCAUACUUGCCAUUGUUAACUUGGACUGGGGCUGAACUAUUGUUUUCUCUUGACUAGCAGCGAUUAGUGCAGGAUUAUUCCCACUGAUAUAAUGAAAUUAUCUCUUUGUGGACUAUGCAUUACCAAGUACAUCUGAACAGGUAUAAUCUGCAUUCUUCUGUAUUCAGAGCUAUUCAUUAGCGCGACCUGAACUGAGUCAAACGCCUGUCUCUGCAGUGUAUAAUCUUGCUGUGUUGUGUCCUAAGAGGAAUACUGUUCAGAGUUCUGUUUACAGUCGGCCCAGCUCUUUGAUUGAAUUGAGUGGAGAGGAUGUCUGCUAUGUAUUGCAUUCCUGGGCUCCCUCUCACACUCCAACCAAUUAUAUUGCAAAUAACAUGAACUCAUUGGCCACAGAUCCUGUCCUAAGGCCUAGAUUUCAGGUACUUUAGACAAAGUCUAAACUCAGGUAACAUGGAAUGUAAACUACAUUGGAAAUAUCACACAGCUCAACACAGAAGCUUACUAGUGGCACAAAGUUCCUUCUUAAUAAAUACAUUUCUGUUUUUUGUUUUUCUCAUGACAUGACUAUUUUGGAAUAAAUUCCAGGUGGAAGGUCCUGGAGAUAGGUCUCUGAUAAGAACCAGCAAGCCUAUAAGCAUCCGUUUGUAUCGCCAUGACAAUGUAUAUUCUUUCAAUGUACUUGCUUUUUGGCAUAGCCUUGUUAUAGCUAUAUAGAUCACUUGGAUGGCCGGUACCCCCCAGCACGUGGGUUCUGGCAUCUCGGUGGUUACACUUAUAGCUUUAAAAAUAAUACAGUUUGGAAUCCACCUCUUCACACUAAUGAUCUGAGUGUGUCUGGUGUAUCAUAGAAAGGCGUCUCAUUCUCCCCACCUUCCUCACCUCUUUCUUUUUUUUUUUUUUUUCUUUCUUUCUUUUUUUUUUUUAAUGAAGCCAUAAUGAAACGUUGCCCUUAGUAUGGGGAAUCAGAGUUAAUGUUUAGUUUCUCACGUGGGAAAUGCAUUUUUGCUGACUGUGUCCAGCAUUUUGCCCUUCUUCUAUUUUCAACAUAUUGGACAUUUUGAUAAAUAGCACAAGCAAUACUUUGUUCAACCUGCUAAUCAAAAUGCCAGAAUCCCACGCGAGCACUGGGAUUAUAUUUUUAUAUUUAGAGCUGUCAUGUGAAUUUUACUACUUUCCAUUCCUUCCUCUCGCACCCAGGCACUGCUGGUGUCUUGCAUUUAGCUAUAACGGCACUACAGUGUCAGGCAUAAUUACACAUUUUUUAGGAUUGCUGAACCCCCCCCCAUUUGUUGUUAACAAUGUAUAGAUUACAUUAACCAUUCCUGCACUUCCAGUAAGAAUAGUACCAAGCUUUCUGGGUGUUGAAGCAGGGAUUUGCCCUACCACAAUUCAGCAUGCUGUCAUUUAAGGGCAGAUUUAUUAAAGACAGAAAUCCAGAAGAAUUCUUAGCCGUUUGAUCUAAAUUCCUAUUUGCCAACACUAGAAAAUGUUAUUGAAUUAAAAGCUUAAAGGGGCGGUUCACCUUUAACUAUUAGUAUGACAUAGACAUUGAUAUUCUGAGACAAGGAGCACUUGGUUUUCCUUUUUUUAUUUGUGGUGUUUCGGUUGUUUAGCUAUUUGUUCGGCAGCUAUCUGGUUGCUAGGGUCUUGUUUACCUUAUCAACCAAGCAGUGGUUUGAAUAAGAGACUGGAAUAAGAAUAUUACAGGGUCUAAAUAAGAUAAGGUGUAAAAAGUAACAAUAAUAAAAUUAUAAGCACACAGAACAAUAUUUUUUUUAGCUGCCAGGGUCAGUGACCCCCAUUUAAAAGCCCAUAAAGAUGUAGAAGAUGAAGGCAAACAAUUAGAAAAAAAAAACUAUAAAAAUGAAAUAAUGAAGACCAAUUGCAAAGUUGCUAGGAAUAGGGAUAUUUUAUAACAUACUAAAAGUUAACUUAAACAUGAACUACUCCUUUAAGUUUCAGUGGUGUCAGUACUCCAUGCUGCUCAGCAUCAGCCCUGAGCUCUAACAUCUGUCCGCAAGGAGGGAUUCAAACCAUUAUUUAAAAAAUAAUGAAACUAUGAUACUGUUAGCUAGGAAUAAGAUCUGUAAGGGUUUCUCAUGCAUGGCUAUCAUGGGUAAAUAGAUACCUGUGAUGCCUAAUCGGCCCCCCCCACAGCACUUGCACCAAGUUUAUAUUCAAUUCCAAACAGAAUUCCCCAAGAAAUCGUUAAACGUUGCCUUCUUUUGUGAACGUCUAUUGGCCAAAGUCUGGCGGAAAUAAUGACUGACUGUACAUUGCAGUGUAUGAUUGUCGGCGGGAAAUGAAAUAUUCAUAUUUAAUUUUUUUCUAUUUAUAUUUUUAUACGUGUUGAGUCGUAAGUAGCAAAUAAUAUAUUUUUUUCUGUCUACCUACUUUGCUUCCGCCAGUUUCUAAAGUGUUUCUGGCGCUGCCCUUCCUGCACAUAUCUCAGGUCUCAGAACAUAUUGCAAGAUAAAGAAGGAUAGAACCUAUUAUAGACUCCUCUCUGCUGAGUGUCCACUACAGUGUUUCUAGCGUUUCUAUUUUACCCCCCGUAUCAUAGCAAAUAAAGGGUUCCCAUUCUGCGCAUUCAGAGAAGCUAAGUAUUCACUUUGCCUGUUUCCUUGCCCACAUAUCCCAAUCAGAGAAAUCUCCCACUUCUGUCACAUUUCCCCACUGUAACUGAACAUGGAUGUAGAUUUUUUUUUUUUCCUUUUUGUUAAAUAUAAAGAUUUGUACAUAGUUGUACUGUUAUUUCUAGCCAAUGUGCUUAACAGUAUUCCAGUUACCACACAAUGUUGCUUCAGAAGAGGUGUGGCUUUUGUUUUGUAUUUUUUCAGUAUAGAAGUUCUUGUGUUCAUAUUUAAAAUAAAGUUAUUAGUAAAAACAAAA